UAUUAAUCUCGUGCUGAUAUAAAACAUGCUUGAUUCGCUUCAACCCCUUCGAACAUGCAAGCUGGGUUUCUUAUUCUUGCUUUUUGAAAUAAGAGAGAAAAGUUAGAAUAGCUAAAAAACACAAAGAAGUAAUAAUACUUACAUGUUUUUAAAGUAACAAUAAAAGGUAGUGGAAUGGAAAAUUGCGUGAAAGACUCCACCUUGUCGAAUACUUGACCGAUAUACAUACACAGCUUAAGUACGUAAGCCUGUAGUAGAUAAGUACAUAUGUAGUAUGGUUGAACUUGACAUCAGCUGAUUUUAUAUGCUGCAGUCUUACACAUGCUCAGUUUUCAAUGUGCAUCAGAUGGCAUGGAUUUUAAGUGCUUGGUAAGAUUCAGAAAUAAAAACCAAUAAACACAAGAAUAUCGUAGUACAUAAAAUGAUAAAAAAAUGAAUUUUGUAUUUUAUUACAUACAACAUAAUUGUGUGUACUAUUCAUAUAAUAUGUUGGGGGUAAAUUCGUACAAUAACGUAUUUCUUUGUAUAUAAGUGAAUAAAAUAUGUAAUAAGAUAUUCGUAUAUUAUCUACUUUCUUUCAUCAUUGUUAAAAAAACCGUAAGUACAAAUUUAAUACGUGACAAGGAUUGUUUACUAUAUUUAAAAAAUAACACAUACUUUUCAAUUUACACUAAGUAUAAUAUUAUAUGAUUACUUAAUAUUUGUUUUAAUAAUAUUUAUAAUGUAUCAAAUGUAAUCAAUGAUACUUACUAUAGAUAUGUAGAUUAGAAUUUUAUUGUAAAACAUUAUUUGUUAUGACUACUGGUGUAUAAUAGGUUAUUAAUAUAAAUCUUUCAAGCAGGCAAGUUAUUUUGAGCAUACCCUGAUGGUUGAUUGCCAACCUUUAUAAAUUCAGAAUCAACUUCUUCAAUUUAAUAUCUGAAAACUAUUUUGAUUAAAUUCAUUUAAAAAUGGACUCAGAUUCUACAGAAAUGGCGAACGAAAUCAAAAGCAAGAUAAUAUUGCAUUGGAAUUGUCGGGGUCUUGAAGAAUUUCCCGAAGCAAUAAGGAUUUAUGGAAGCCAUAUUCAAGAAAUAUAUUUGAAAUGGAAUAAACUUACUACACUGCCUCCUUGGAUUAUAGAACUGUUCAAUGUUACCAAUUUGUACAUAUACGGAAACUUGAUCAAAGAAUUACCUAUAGAACUCUGUCUCAUGAGUCAAUUAACGGUCCUUGAUGUAAGCGCUAACAAGUUGGAACAAAUACCUUCAUGUAUAAAAAAUUUAGUUAACUUGAAAACUUUAUUACUAAAUCAAAAUUCUAUAGCCAAAUUACCUGCUGAAAUGAAUAAACUGCAUAACUUAGAAAUUCUAUCUAUUUGUGAAAAUAAAUUCAUUGCAUUACCAGAGUGGAUUGGUUCUUUACCUAAACUAAAGGAAUUAAAUGCGGACAAUAACUUUUUAAAGGAAUUGCCCAAUAGACUUACCUUGUCACCACAAAUAUCAGUAAUAUCUGUAUGCUCUAACAGGCUAAGGUAUUUACCACUAAAUGGAUUUGUAUCAUCUCCUUGCAUUCGUUUUGAUGCAAAUGCAUCUUUAAAUUAUUUAUCUUAUCCACUUCUUUAUCAAUUGACUUCUCAAAUCCAGAACUCUUAUAUGCAUGAUCAAAGAAAUAUUCUGAGUUAUGGAUGUUUCAAAUCGCAUUAUGAAAGUACAGUACUGCGUACAAAUAUAAAGUUGAACGUAAAAAUAAAUACAUUACAUGGAGAAGAUACUGGUUUUACAAUUGAACUGCCGCGACAACUUCUAAAAGUUCAUAAUAUCCAUGAAAAUACGGUUGUUUCAUUAUGGGAAUUAGCUUUAAAGAAAACUUAUACUGAGAGGUAUAAGCAUACACUUAAUAUUUCAACAUCGCCUAUAAAUAUAAAUGUUCAUUAUGAACCAAUUCCAAUGAGUAGUCAACAAAAACAUGAUUUUACAAUGUAUCCGAUUAAUUGUGGCUCAUGUAACUUGUUAAUGAAUGGACCUGUUAGUAUUUGCGUACAUUCUCAAUGCCAACAGCCAAUCUUCACAGAAGCUUGGGUUAUUAUUGGUGUCAGCCACCAUGUAGAGUCUAUAACAACAGUUGCGCUAUGUUGUUGCAAAAGAUGUGCAUCUGAAUUUAUUAAAUAUACCAACAUGACAGUUAGCCAUGACUGGUAUCAUGUAAAUUAAUGAUACUGAUUUCAUUUAAUAGGUAAUUCUGUAAAUAUAAUGUAUAAACAAAAAUAAAAGAGUUCCAUAUUUUUAAA